CACACACCAUUUGCAUUAUUCUUCUCUUCUUUUCUUUUCAUAUCUGAUCUACAUUUAUCUAUAUUCUCUUCUCUUCUCUCUCAACCUUCUCAACAGUCUUAUUAGCAGAGAGCACAAGAGAGGACAGGGAAAACAGAAAAAAAAAGUAAGAGAGAGAAAGAGAAAUCUGGGUGAUUUCUGUUGUUCUCUUGAAAGAGUUCAGCUGCUUCUACUAUUUCUACUUCUAGGGCUUUCUUUGUUUUGCUUUGCUUAAAAGUUUUGCAUAAAAAUAAAUAAAUAUUUUUCUUUUUCUUCUUCUUCUGAAAAAGCAAAUCCCUUUUGCUUACCGAUCUUGUUCUCAUUGUCUUCUUUGCCGUGAGAAUUCGGCUUCUGCAUCUUCAGAUAAGAAGGGGGAACUUCUCUAUUUUUUGCGGCAUAUCGUGGUUUGUAAAGACUGUUUCUAGGUGGAGAUUCAUUAAUUGACACUAAGGUGCAAGAGAAAAGUGAGUCUAAAGAUGGGUUAUAUAUGUGAUUUUUGUGGAGACCAGAGAUCCAUGGUGUACUGCCGCUCUGACGCUGCAUGCUUAUGUUUGUCUUGUGAUCGGAAUGUUCAUUCUGCUAAUGCCCUUUCUAAGCGUCAUUCACGCACCCUUUUAUGCGAGAGAUGCAAUUCACAACCUGCCUUUGUAAGGUGUGUUGAAGAGAAGAUUUCACUUUGUCAGAAUUGCGACUGGUUGGGUCAUGGCACCUCUACAUCUUCUUCAACACAUAAGAGACAAGCAAUCAAUUGCUACUCUGGCUGCCCUUCAGCGGCAGAACUGUCUUCGAUAUGGUCAUUUGUGUUAGAAAUCGCUGCCAUAAGUGAGUCUACAUGUGAGCAAGAACUAGGCUUAAUGAGUAUUAAUGAGAACAAGUGUGCUGGUGUUCCUCCGGAAGACCAGAAUGUGUCUGGUUCAGAUGAAGUUACCGAUCUACCUGCUUUGAACAAGUCUUUGGUUGGUGCAUCUUUGAUGCCUGAAUCAAGCUCCGAACCUUGUAUUCUGGACCAGCCAGCUGGACCUACCAAUGAAUGUCUGCCAAAGUUAUACUGUCCUGCUACAAAAUGCCCUGCCUUAUCUGAAGAUGAUAAUCUGUAUGAUGAUUUCAACAUGGAUGAAGUGGAUCUAGAUCUUGAGAAUUAUGAAGAACUUUUUGGUAUGGCCCUCAGUCAUUCUGAGGAGCUUUUUGAAAAUGGUGGAAUUGAUAGCUUGUUUGGGACAAAAGGCAUGUCUGCUGGAGAUUCCAAUUGUCAGGAAGCUAUUGCUGCUGAGGGGUCGUCGGUUGGACAGGUCAAUGCAAUGCAACCAGCUUGCAGCAAUGCAGCGUCUGCAGAUUCCAUUUUGAGUACUAAAACUGAACCAAUUCUUUGUUUUACUGGAAGGCAAACUCAAUCAAACCUUUCUUUUUCUGGUGUUACUGGAGAGAGUAGUGCUGGAGACUAUCAAGACUGUGGGGCUUCUUCAAUGCUUCUCAUGGGAGAACCUCCUUGGUUUGCUCCUUGUCCGGAGAAUUCCCUACAAUCCGCCAACCGUAGUAAUGCUGUCAUGCGGUACAAGGAAAAGAAGAAGACACGGAUGUUUGACAAAAAAGUUAGGUAUGCCUCUCGCAAGGCAAGGGCUGAUGUCAGAAGGCGUGUGAAAGGGCGGUUUGUCAAAGCCGGUGACGUCUAUGAUUAUGACCCUUUGAGCACAACCAGAAGCUGCUGAAUGAGGGGCCUGGAUUGAUGUUCUUCGAGGAGGAAAAGGGCUGCGUUCAACAGUGUAAGCUCGGGAUCAGGAGCCGACUCUUUGUCCUUCACUGUGAAGGAUGUCCAACUUGUGAUAAUGAUGUUAUCACAAAGUGCCCCCCCCCCCUUCAGGCAAUGGUGUUUGGAUUGCCUUUAUGUUAAAGCUUGGCAAUUUCUGCUGCAUAAUUCCAAGAAUUCAAAAAGCCUUCUUCUAAGUUCUUUGGCCUUAACCAUACUUCCAUGCCUGUGAUGUGGUCAUGUAAACUCUCCCCUCUGCUAUAGUCACAUGUACAAGUGCCUGAGAUGGCAUGAUAAGUGGCUUAACAAAGAUUGUAAAUUGUAAUAUUUGGCCAACUCUUACCUUUGACAUGUAUAGCACACAAUCUACAUGUAUAUUUUUGCUCAUCUCUUUUGAUGUAAUCAGACAAAAAAUGUAAAUUCAAUCUCCCAUGUAUAGAAUAGGGUACUAUGCAUGUUGAUGGUUUGUAGCACUUUUCAAUUAUUUUCUUUUGAUUUUGUUUCUUGCAUCUUUUGUAUUGAUUAAUUCAGUCUGUGGUGAAAUAUGUAUUUCAUUUUGAAGGAAUUUCUUUUUCUAUA